CUGCGCGGGAGGCUGCAGAGCUGCAGUGGUGAAGCGGCUCGGUGACCGCUCCGCUCUCGGGGGCUGGGCUUCUGCACACAGCGUGAUGUGAAAGCGUUGCAGACUGGAGUGGGACCACACCAGAGGAGAGCACGGAGAGAGAGAGAGAGAGAGCGGACUGCCACGGGAGGAAGGUUUCUUUUGCCUUUUUAGUCUUUAAAAAGUGACCAUCAUGAUCGUCGUGAUUGAGGACCAGGAGGCCUUUGACAAAGCUCUGGUUGAAGCUGGAGACAAGCUGGUCGUGGUUGACUUCACAGCCACGUGGUGUGGGCCCUGUCAGAGCAUCGCUCCCUUCUACAAAGGUCUGUCUGAAAAAGAAGGCAAUGCCAGCGUGGUCUUCCUCAAGGUAGAUGUGGAUGAUGCACAGGAUGUGGCUCAGUCUUGUGAGAUCAAAUGUAUGCCGACAUUCCAUUUCUACAAAAACGGAAAGAAGGUCGACGAGUUUUCUGGCUCCAACCAGGCUAAACUGGAAGAGUUGGUGAACACUCACAAAUGAAGAGAGGAGCAGACACAAAGCAUGAAUAUAACAUUGGCCCAAAUAUACCAGCUCUCUACAUCCCUUAAAUUUACUACUAACAAGUGCAGAUUUUGUUACUUAAUGAACUUUAGUCACAUGACAGCAAGGUAGAAGUGGUCUGUUAAAACAUGCUUGCCUUCCCAAAGUUCCUGAACUGCCAUAAAUAAUUAUCCAUAUUUUGUCUUUUUUUUCUUCCUCUUUAAACUGUGUAGCUCCACUUUUUAUUCCCAGUAAACUAACCUGUGUCACUGAAAUCAGGUUUAAUAAACAGACAGUUCUAUAGAGUACAAACA